ACAAAGCAUAUCAUCUUUUCUACCAAAGUAUAUCAUCUUUGUGUGCUUUCUCAAUACCAUUUGCUUUUAUUCUUGAUUUUGUUUGAGCAAAAAGAAAACAAAAAAUGUUGGCAAUUUUCAAGAAAAGUGUGGUUGAUCCACCAAAGGAGCUGCAAAGUCCAGCCUCUUUGCAAAUAUCAAACAAGGCUGCAUCACCUGAAGAGACAAUGAAGAAUUUCUUAGCUUCAAAUUCCAACGAUGGGUUUUCCAUUAGAUUCAUGGAUAAGGCAUUCUUGGCCUAUUCCAAACCUCCACCUUCAUCAAAUCCUCAACAAAGGUUGUUCUGUGGGUUGAAUGACAUAUACUGCAUAUUCUUGGGAAGUUUGAACAAUUUAUGGGCACUAAACAAGCAGUAUGGGCUAUCAAAGGGAGCCAAUGAGGCAAUGCUUGUGAGUGAAGCAUAUCGAACACUUCGGGACAGAGGUCCAUUCCCAGCUCAUGAGGUUCUCAAGGGUCUUGAGGGAAGCUUUGGCUUUGUGAUCUAUGAUCACAAAGCUUCUAAUGUCUUUGUUGCCCUUGGUGCUGAUGAAACAAUGAAGUUGUUCUGGGGAAUAGCAUCUGAUGGAUCUGUCAUGAUCUCUGACAAUGUGGAUCAUAUCAAAGCAAGCUGUCUCAAAUCAUUUGCUCCCUUCCCAACUGGGUGCAUGUACCACAGUGAAAGUGGAUUAAAGAGCUUUGAGCAUCCAAGUUACAAGAUGAAACCAAUGCCAAGAGUGGAUAGUGAAGGAGCAAUGUGUGGAGCUUACUUCAAAGUUGAUGUCUACUCAAAGGUGAAUAGCAUGCCAAGAGUUGGAAGUUCUGCCAACUGGGCUACUUGGGGCCAGCAGGCUUAGAUAAUCUCAUUUUAACUAACUACAAUAUAAAGAAGAAAGAAGAGAAGUACUUUAUCUUUGUCUUCAUUCCUGUUGUUAUUUUCUGAUUUCCCAUUGUAUUUUUCAAUAAGCUUCCUGCAUCUUCUAUAAAGGCCUCAGCUUUGUAAAUUUCACUUGAGGUUCCAACAUGAGAAGAUUGUUGAGUUUCCCUUUCUGUUUGUUUGUUCAGUUUAAAGUGUUCAAAAAGUAAUGAGCAAUUAGCACAUCUUUUAAGUUGUUUGUAAUGACAAUCAAGAUGCAAUGACCAUGUAGUUAUUUCCUUCACCA